AUGGAUGGAUGGAGACAUUUAGCGCAGUUCGCUUUUGGUUCAAUUUUAUUAGGUGCAAUAAGAAAGGUGAAGAAAAGAAGAAGGGUCAAAUCGAUCCCAUUAAAAGGACUAAUAAAUCAUUCAUCAAAAUGCUACAAGGACGAAAAGAGGAAUAUGGAAGGAGGAG